CAGAGGCUUUGGCUUAUCAGAGACGGGAGACACGACACGUUCAGACACACACUUUUAUGGCAGGGUGUAUGCGCGUGUACGUGCACACAAGUGUUAAGGUGACAGCACAGACUCAGGAAAGACCACAGUCACACCAGGACUAGAGGAGGACACAUCAGGCAAGAAAGACACCAUGACUGGCAACAGAUCAAAGAAGACCAAGAUUUCGUCAGCCCCCUCAUUUCUUGACAAGUCAAAUGGAUUCUACGGCCGCUUAGAGGAGACAGAGGUUGAACAGUGUGAUGGGGACACACCAGAGACAACAAAACAACAAGGAACGACCACAGGAGCUGGGGUGCUCGAGGACAAGUCAUGUGGACAGAAUCAGAUGAAAAAGGAGCCUGGAGUUUUCGACUUCAACCAAGGCAUGAUGGAAGAUGAUGGCACAACCACUCUCCUGCGAAGAAAACCCAGCCGAUGGAGCAGACGAAGCUCCCGGAAAUCCAAAGCAGACAAAAGCUCCACAGAGAAGAAAAGCCAGAAGAACAACCAGAGCCUCGGAACAGACUGUGACACAACCCCUGAGUGUGACCCAUCACCUGAAACACAGACAGAGGGACUUCCAGCCGUCCAGCAGGAGCCUGAGCCCGUCAUAGUUCACUUCUCUAUUAGGGAGGAGGCCGAUGACCAUGCCCUCCUACGGGGACAGAACUGUGAGACUGCAGUGAAAGGGAAGAUUAAAGGAGUGGAGAACCAGAGAGAAAAUAAUGGCGAGCAGAUGAAGGUCGCUAAAAGAAGCACACUGAAGCUCUAUCGUAAGGCAAUUGAUAGGGCUUUUCGUCGGGGAUGGGAGACCUUCGUCACCAGUCUGUAUAGUGUGUCUUUGGUCCCUGUAACAUCUACACCAGCAUCUCCAUCAUCGGGGAAAGCUGAAAAACGCCAUGGAUCUGCACUGAUCGACCACAGAUAAUAUUCAGAACACACUGUUCUGUUAGGGGGUCAAGGUUCAACUUUGUGAAGUUGAUAGCCGACUGUGUUCUGAUGUUUGCAUGUAACUAUACUUAGCAUUUUUAUAACACCGUAUAAACAUUUAUUGACCUUAUUUUAGGAAGGUUAUCUGUUCAGUUACCAGAGGCUGUAGUCAAAUUAAUGACGUGUUCAAGGGGACGUAGCCAUUAUGAAGCAAUAUUUCUUGUGCUGAUGUGAGCUUAUUCCUCUCAAAUUGGGUUGUUACAUCACAACUAGGAAACUGAGAUUGUCCUUAGAUAUAUUUAGUUCAGAUGUGCCUCACUCUGGUAUUUAUUAUCCAUUUAUUUAUGAAAUGUAUACAUUUUAUGAUCAGACUCUUUUAGCCAUGACGUCUAGGAAAAGGCACUACCUAGAAGAGCUGAAGUGAGAUUCACCAUUCACAUGAGGGCAACGUGUUAUUCUGAGGAAAGUGUACUGAUAACAGGUUCUUAAACAUUUUUGUGUUGUGGCAUUUUUAGUUUUGAGUCACAGAAAUUUUGUUUAUAUUGCCUUUAUCACUCAAGUUGUGAUUUCAAUAAAACUGACUCAAACAGAA